UCCAGGGUUCAGAUAAAAACCCCAAAAUCAGGGUGAUUCCAUUUAUCGGGUUUUCCUAUCUGACCUUUCCCAUCCUUCGACGAGAGACGAACGCAGUCAAGGUGAGAUUUCUGAAAAACGAACGCAGGCGAGAUGAGAUUUCCCCUUCUUCAUCUUCAUCCUUCGAUGAGAGAUGAACGCAGCCAAGUGAGAUUUCUAAAAAACGAACGCAGCCAAGAUUUAUUUGUUGGCUUUGUCGAUCGACCGAAGAAGGGGGUGUUUUCUAGAUUGUUUGAGAAUUCAGUGAGGAGUAAUUUCUGUUUUGCUAUACCAAAACAGCCCAAGCGACCCAAGGAUUCCACCCCCUCUCUCUCUCUCCCUCCUGCACUUUCCAUUUCUGCUACGUUGUCAUCGUCGAUGCUCUCUUUUUCUCUUCAGCUAUCAGGUUUAUUGAUUAUCUUACAGAAACAGGAGAAGAUGUGGGCUUAAAGAAUGUUUUGGUUUCGGAACGUGGGUUCAAUGACUGGGAAGCUUCUGGUAGACCAGUUUGUUCCUCUACUAAUAUCGCUUGUAGAGCAGACAGCGUAGAUGCUGUAUCAAUUUCAUCUACGAAUGAAAAAUAAGAGAAGCCAUAUUAUCAUGUUGUAAUUUGUAAUACAGAAUCUCUGCUAGAGGAUGUGUGUCAAUAAUGCUCAAUUUGUGUACCUAAAUUCCUUCUAAAUCAAGUGAUUUCCUUUCCUUAUUA